CUUGAGCUUACGUGUCGACCUGCCGGCAUUUAAGUGCGUCCGUUUCUUACGCUUUUCCUUUUCUCCCCCAACAACUUUUUCUUGUCCCUUCUCAAAUAUGUCCUCAUCUGAUAAAGCUAAACUCUUACCCAACGCUGGUACUGAAGACCAAGAGGUCGAUCCCAACCAUGAUCCCGCCACCGCUAUCCUGCGCCGCAAAUCAGCACCUAACAAGCUUAUGGUGGAUGAUGCCACAAAUGACGACAACUCUGUAAUCACUUUAUCCAAUGCCACCAUGGAGAGCCUUCAGCUCUUCAGAGGUGAUACCGUUCUCGUCAAGGGCAAAAAGAGACGUGACACUGUCUUGAUCGUCCUUGCUGAUGACGAAGUUGAAGACAACAAGGCCAGAGUCAACAAAGUCGUCCGUAAUAACUUGCGAAUCCGAUUGGGUGAUAUCAUCAGCAUUCACCCUUGUCCAGAUAUCAAAUAUGGCAAGCGUAUCCACGUCUUGCCCAUUGAUGAUACUGUUGAGGGUAUCACCGGCAACUUGUUCGAAACCUACUUGAAGCCCUACUUCUUGGAAGCCUAUCGACCUGUCCGUAAGGGCGACUUAUUCCUCGUCCGUGGUGGUAUGCGUGCUGUAGAAUUCAAGGUCGUUGAAACUGACCCCGCAGACUACUGUAUUGUUGCUCAAGACACAAUUAUCCACUGUGAAGGUGACCCGAUCAAGCGUGAGGAUGAAGAGCAGAACUUGAACGAAGUUGGUUAUGAUGACAUUGGUGGCUGCCGCAAGCAGAUGGCUCAGAUUCGUGAAUUGGUUGAGCUUCCCCUGCGUCAUCCCCAGCUCUUCAAAUCGAUCGGUAUCAAGCCACCCCGUGGUAUCCUCAUGUACGGUCCUCCUGGUACUGGUAAAACCCUUAUCGCAAGAGCCGUUGCAAACGAAACCGGCGCCUUCUUCUUCCUCAUCAACGGUCCUGAGAUUAUGUCGAAGAUGGCUGGUGAGUCUGAAAGCAACUUGCGCAAGGCCUUUGAGGAAGCUGAGAAGAACGCUCCUGCUAUCAUUUUCAUUGAUGAAAUUGAUGCCAUCGCUCCCAAGCGUGAAAAGACCAACGGUGAAGUUGAGCGUCGCGUCGUAUCACAGUUGCUGACUUUGAUGGAUGGUAUGAAGGCUCGCUCCAACGUUGUUGUCAUUGCUGCCACCAACCGUCCCAACUCGAUUGAUCCCGCCCUUCGCCGUUUUGGCCGUUUCGAUCGUGAAGUCGACAUUGGCAUCCCUGACCCUACUGGCCGUCUCGAAAUCUUGCGUAUCCAUACCAAGAACAUGAAGCUUGACGACGAGGUCGAUUUAGAACAAAUCGCUGCUGAGACCCACGGUUAUGUCGGUGCUGAUAUGGCCUCGCUCUGCUCUGAAGCCGCUAUGCAACAGAUUCGUGAAAAGAUGGACUUGAUCGAUCUUGAAGAAGAGACCAUCGACGCCGAGGUGCUCGAUAGCUUGGCUGUCACCAUGGAAAACUUCCGAUAUGCCUUGGGCGUUUCGAACCCAUCUGCUCUUCGCGAGACUGUCGUCGAAGUGCCCACUGUCAAUUGGAACGACAUUGGUGGUCUGGAGAACGUCAAGUUGGAGUUGCAGGAAACUGUCCAAUACCCUGUCGAGCAUCCUGAAAAGUUCUUGAAGUUCGGCAUGAGCCCCUCCAAGGGUGUAUUGUUCUACGGUCCCCCUGGUACUGGUAAAACUAUGCUUGCCAAGGCCAUUGCCAACGAAUGCCAGGCCAAUUUCAUCUCUAUUAAGGGUCCCGAGCUGCUCACCAUGUGGUUCGGUGAAUCUGAAGCCAAUGUUCGUGAUGUGUUCGACAAGGCUCGUGCUGCCGCUCCUUGUGUGAUGUUCUUUGAUGAAUUGGACUCCAUUGCAAAGGCUCGAGGUGGCUCUAUGGGUGAUGCUGGUGGUGCCGGUGACCGUGUUCUCAACCAGAUCCUAACAGAAAUGGACGGUAUGAACGCAAAGAAGAACGUCUUUGUCAUCGGUGCAACCAACCGUCCAGACCAAAUCGACCCUGCACUUUUGCGUCCUGGUCGUUUGGAUCAGCUCAUCUACAUUCCUCUUCCUGAUGAGAGCUCACGUAUGAACAUUCUUCAAGCUCAGCUUCGCAAGUCUCCUGUUGCUCCCGACGUUGACUUAAACUACAUUGCCAAGAACACCCACGGCUUCUCUGGUGCUGAUAUUGGCGAAAUCUGCCAGCGAGCAGCCAAGCUUGCCAUUAGAGAAGACAUUGAGCGUGAAAUCCAAAAGGAGAAGGAGCGCAAGGCCAAGCAGGAGGCUGGCGAAGACAUUGGCAUGGACGAAGAUGGUGAAGAUGAUGAGGGUGUUGCAUAUAUCACACGAGUACAUUUCGAAGAAGCGAUGCGCUUCGCACGUCGGUCUGUCAGUGAUGCAGACAUCCGUCGCUAUGAGAUGUUUGCCCAGAACAUGCAGCAACAGCGUGGUUUUGGCACGUUCAAGUUCCCCGAAAGCGGCAACAAUGCUGGCCAGCCAAUGGAUGGCGUAAGCGGCACUGGUGAAAGUGGAUUCGGCCAAGAAGGUGGCGACGAUGAUUUGUACGCGUAAAGACCGGGCGCGCCUUGAUAUAUAAGAAGAAACUACCACAGAAUAAACACCCUCACUCUCGCACUCUCAGACAAGACAAGACACAACAUCUCUCCAUCCCAAACACAAUGCUUUCUUUUUCUUCCUUUCUUCCUUUCUAUCUUUUCGUUAUUCCUUUUGACAAUUUACGAUGAUUUGGAAGAGCAACCCAAAAAUAAACUCCCAUAAAUUUGCGUAUACGUGAAAGAAGCCUAUUGCGGAUUAUGCCAUUAAUGGGUGGUUGUUAUGGGUCUUGUCAAAAAGAAUUAUCUGACCGUGUCUCCUGACCGUCGUUUAUCAUCUGAUGCGUUCAUUACAUUCGAUGGGGGGGGGGAGAGAAUCUUGACUUGAAAACCG